UGGAAAAAAAAAUAAAAAACUAUCCUGGCAAAGAAAGAUUUACAGGACAGGGCAUGACUUAGCCUAAAUGUGAAACAGUCUGCCAGGGUAGGAGUUAGCAGUUCAGCUGUGGUGGAUUGCUUCUAUCAGGCCCUGUUGGUGGAUGUGUGUGUGUGAGGAUCGAUGUGAGAGGAUGAGCGUGUUCCUGCUGAUCCUAUGUGUGGCUCUGCUGCAGCAGGAGGGAAGAGCCCGGCCAGAGCCUCCAGGCUGCAGCAGCCCCGAGGCCGUGCGAGUGGCAGGAGAAGCCCUGGAGCAGAUCAACCAGGACGGCGCACACGGAUACGUCCUGUCACUCAACAGAGUGUACGACGUCUCUCACAGCACGGAAACGAACUAUGGGUCACUCUACAGACUGACCGUGGACGUCUUGGAGACCACGUGCCACAUCAGCAGCAGGAAGCCAUGGAAACAAUGUGAAGUCAGAGGUGUUUCUGAAGUUCCAGCCGCCGCUGUGGAGGAGCAGGUCCGUGCACGAGCUGACAGUAAACACACCGGGCACCAGCACCACAACCACACACACCUGCAUCCCCACGAGCACGAGCACGAGCACGAGCACGAGCACGCCGUCACGCCCAGCCCUGACGCCACUGUCCCCAAACCACGGGGCUCCCUGGGGACUGUGGUGAAUAAACCUGCUGUUCCCAGAUCUGCCCCGGCUGCCAGCUCCUGCCCCGGCCCACGACGCCACAAUCGGGACAUGUUCCUUGUCAAACUCUGACAGGGCUGCGUCUACUUCCUGCAUGUUGUUGUAUAGAUGAGACACGAGAUUGUAAAAUGAAAGAAAAUGUUGAGUUUUACCAACGAUGAUCCUUGUUAAUAAUCAGAUUACAUUUACUGUUUGAUUAAAGCAUUUAUAAAGCUG